GAUUAGAGAAAGGCAUAAAUUUGGCAAGUCCAGUAAGCUUUCUCAUGUUUCCACUUAGUAUUAGGAAAAUUUGGUAUUCCUCUGGUUUCAAGGUAAACUCAUUGUUGGAAAGUGUAUAAAUACUCCCACAGCAUAUUGUUGUAAGAUAUCUGUAUCUAAGUUCUUCAAGCAAUAUCAGUUUUUGUAAGCGUUCUACAUACUCCAUCCAACAAUGCUCGUAGCAUUUGUUCGUCGUUUCUCAAAGAUGAGUCUCAAGCCACUGCUUUUUCUUUGGUUUAAUCUACUUGUCUGCACAUUCCUUUUCACUUCCCUCCCCGUCGGCGUUGCUAUGAGUAACGCUUCGGAGGAUUACACAUCUUUGGUUUUCAAUGGGUGUUCAAAACAAAUGUUCCCAAACAAUGCCUACCCUGAAAACCUCAAAUCCCUCAUGGACUCACUGGUCUCAAGCUCUUCACUUAAGCUCUUCUCCGCUGUCACAGCCACCUCUAGCGACCGCACUAACGGCAUUAAUGGUCUUUAUCAGUGCUGCGGAGAUCUCUCCCCAGCCGAGUGCAACACCUGCGUAAGCAAGAUUCCUCCUCUAGUCAGCCAACUCUGUGGACAAACAAGUGUCGCGGCCCGAGUCCAGCUCGGCGGGUGCUACUUGCAUUAUGAGAUUGCUGAUUUAAAACCAUCUGAUGCAACUGCAUUUCUCUAUAAACGUUGUGAUGAUCAAGCGAAGGCGGCUGGGAUUGGUGAAAAAAGGGACACAGCUUUCGGCAUAUUGGAAAACGAUGUCAAGAAUAGUACUAGUCCUGAAGUUGGUGGAUUGUACACCAGUAGCUAUGACACUGUGAAUGUUUCAGGACAAUGUGAAGGUACCUUAGCGAACCAGCUGGAUUGCCUGACCUGCCUGCAAAGUGCUUCUCAGAAGGCCAGGACCGAGUGUGGAGAUUCUAUUUCAGGGCAGAUAUAUCUCUACAGCUGCUACAUUAGCUACAGCGCCUCCUCAAAUGCCAGUGCCAAUGGUGUGCCAUAUUCACGUAAAGUCGCUGCAGGCUCUGGUAAAAAUGAUUCAGGUUCGAAGACAGCGGCUAUCGUCAUCCUAAUGAUUUGCAUUGGUGCUUUUAUAUUAGGUACUGCUGUGUAUUACAUUAGAAAGUUCUUAAACAGUGGGUGAACAAGGAAAUAGAUUAGACAGGAUGCAGAUAGUUUUGCCAUAUGACACUGGCUAGGA